UUGUCUUCUCUUCGUGCAACAGCUGAACAGCGAAAAUAACAUGUGCUUCAUGGUUCUCGGGUUCUCGUUCGAGAUUUUCUGAAAGUUCAGAAGAACAGUUCCCGAAACAAUAUGAUUGAUUGGAACCAAGGCCACUGGCCACGUGGGAACCAAGGCCAUAGCCAGCGCGACUCUAGAGACGCCCUGACCUUGAAACUUUGAAACUUCCGGCAAAAAUUUCCUUGAGGGCUAAAGAGGAGGAGCCAAGAAGACAGAAGACCAUCUUCGAGAAAGCUCUGCCUCUCAGAGGAAAACUGGCAACAAAGCAAACCCUUCCCCCGCCAGUUCAAGUUUCAAUAGUAAAAAAAAAAAAAAAAUCUGCCGAGCCAAGACGUGCGCUGAGUCUCUGUCUGAGAUUUCGUAGUUUAUAGUUCCGUCAUGAGUUUAAAAUUUCUGUGUAAAGAAAUAACUUGGUCUAAACAAGUCUUUUUGCCAUUGGAUGAUUUAAUUAUGGCUACUUUGGAAAAAAAAGAUUUCCUCAACCAACUGGAAUCAUUGAUUACACUUUCAGUCAGGUACUCUUGUCUUUUGCGAAUCUGAUUACUGCUUGUACGAUUUGACUCAAAGUAUUAUACCAGGUUAAUAAGAGAAGAAAUUGCUAAUGUUGAUUCUAUGCAAAAUAUCGAUAAAUUUGUGAACAUACUAGAAGAGUUUGUUUUCAACUUGAAUGAAAUACAUACAUCUUCAGAUAAGGCAUUACCUGAUUUUGAUGUUAAAAUUACACCACUGAUUUAUACAUUUGCUAAAUUAGUUGUAGAACAAUCUAGACUCGGUGACUGUCAGAAGGAAUAUGAGGCGAAACUAGUUAAAUUUCUAGAUAGUUUGCCAAUACACCCAACUCUUCACAUCACUCCAUGCCAUAGCACAGCAGCAUUCUUGACCAGUCUGCUGUCUGAUGAAAUUUCUGAAGAACCAGCCAUCCAAACACCUGAAGACUCCAAUGAUGAGAAAUUGGUGACAAAUGUGAAUCCUCCCAUAACAGAAACCACUGACGUUUGCUUAUCUGUUAAGCAUCAGGUGGAAAAUCCAGCCAAUUUUCCAACUCCGUCACGCACUCCUCCGCUAAUUUAAUUUCAAAAAGUUCUUCUAGAGCGCUUUCCUACGCCCUUUAUCACUCCAACCGAGAAAAAGGAGCGUCGAGAUGUCAUACGAACCCUACGAUCUCAUCAUCAAUCUCAGCUU